UCGGUCAUGCAAUCAGUGUAUAAACAUACGUUUCACGCCAAUGUAUUUAUACAAGCCACGUAAGCGUAUUACUAUGGUACGAGACUCUGUUCAUUCUACUUUCUUGCAUUACAUCGAGGUGGGCGGCAACGAUAAAUAAUCGAGGAUAUCCGUACUCCUCCUGUGUAUGAUGCUCUUCAUGUAAGUUAUGUUCGCAUAUUUUUCUGGCGGAUAAAAACUGAACAAUAUCUAUGCUGCCGACAAGUCGCGCGUUCAUUGUGUUACAGCGUUACGUUUUAACUGCUGUACCAGAAAUAGCAGGACGAGACAAUAUUUUUAUAUCCUAGAUCGAUCGUUCCUUUUAUUUAUAAAUGUUUUUCUCUUAUUUCUUUAUUAAAAUAAGGAAGUUCUAUAUACGUACACAUAUCGUGGUAUAGACAUAUAGAAAUAUAAAUUUAUAUAUAAAAGCACUAAUAUGUAAAUAUUUGAAAGAAAUAAUUAGAUUAAAUCAAGAUGUAUGAGAGAUAAUCUAAUUACAAUUAUCUAUCAUUGAAAAAUUAAUCGCAAUUAUUUAUCGAGAUAAAGUUCAGGAAGAGAGACAAAAUAUACAAACACUCUAAACAAGAAACAGAGCGUCUCUUGGUUCAAAUAGACACUCGAAUAAAAUAUACCGAUACAGAACAGCUAGACCUGCAAAUAGACAAACGGAUAGAGAGGUCGGUCUGAUAGAAUAUCGAUAGCGGCAUUUCUGGAAAAAGGACAAAAAAAAAUACAUCGCGCACUACAAGACCGCCCGCCACGUAAGCAGGAGCGCGUUUAUCCUGCAAAUGCAUACAUCUACACAGACAGAGAAAAGGGGAAUGAUGCGGGGCGUUAGCGGAAAAGGGGAACUGGCCUAUCGAAGGGGGGCCGGCUCGGGGUUGUUCGGAAUCUAUCGGUGGACCAGAUUUUACUCGUACGUACGCACAUUCACCCCCGCGGCGCCAUCGGGGAUGCGUGUCGCUUUGUACGUGUAUAUGUGUGUAUAUAUAUAUAUAUAUAUAUAUGUGUGUGCAUGCGUCCCUUCGUAUGUAUCCGAUGCUAAGACACGCUCAACAUAUGCGGGGGCGCAAGCGCGGUCUCGCACGCUUGUGUUCGCGCACUCGCGACGCGCGCGUCGUCGGCUCCGCGCCGUCGUCGUUCCGCGAGGAAAUUGAUUCUGCGCGAAACGCAACGGGGGGUUCCAGCGGCGGCGGAGCCAGCCGUGCAACUACCAGAGAGAAGCCGGGCUCGGCGGAUCGCGCAUAUACCUCUAUCCGGGUACUAUUCGCGUAAUCGCAAACGUAACGCACAGCCGACGACCCCGAAUCAUCCGGCGUAUUAUAUAAGGGAAAAUGUUGCCGGCUUUGUCAUCGUUCUCCUUCCACGCUACGAUCACCCACGUCGUGCUGGCUGCUGCUGCUGUUGAAGAGCUGCACGGAUAGAAAGAGAGAGAGAGAGAGAGAGAGAGAAGUCCGGAGAGGUGCCUCUCCGACGACAUGCGAAGAGACGCGUUCGAUGCGACGACGAUAGACGACGAGCGAGGAUCGCAGACAACCCUAGUCAGACACGUCGACGAAGACGACCGACGAGAGCAUCCAUGGAACUGAAAAUCCUGCUGUGGAUUCACAUCGUGGGAAUCUGCUCGGGUCUGAGGGAAGUACGUAUCCAGAUACCGACGGCCGUGAAGAAGGGCGAGUCGGCGACGCUGAAUUGUUGGUACGACACCGAGGGCGACCAGUUGUACGCCGUCAAGUGGUACAAGGGGGGUCGAGAGUUUUAUCGCUACGCCCCGAACGAGAAUCCGCCAGUCAAGACUUUCCCCAUCGGAAACCUGACGGUGAAGAAAACGGAGAGCAACGCGACGCAAGUCGUGCUGAUAAAGUUGGAAUUGGAAGCGGCGGGCGUAUAUAGCUGCGAGGUAUCAGCUGAUGCACCUUCCUUCCACACAGCUAUAGUUUACGCGGCGAUGAACGUCGUUGAAUUACCCUCUCAGAUGCCGUCGAUACAAGGACAAAAGAGGAAAUACCGUGUCGACGAUAUGCUGCGUUUGAAUUGCACAUCCGGUCGGAGCAAGCCAGCCGCGAAUCUCACUUGGUAUAUCAACGAUCGACAGCCUCUCAAGUCGCACGUUCGCACGUACAGCCCGCUCGACACGAACGAAUCGGAAUGGCAAGUCUCGCAGAUCGGGCUCCAGUUCCUGGUUACGUCCGAGCACUUCAUGAGCGGCAAAUUGAAAAUACGUUGCAGCGCGUCGAUAUACGACAUUUAUUGGCAGAGCACGGAGGUGAGCGCCGAGGAGGAUCGGCCACGGGUGAUACACUACGAACCGGCCGCGACUAUCGUCGGCAUCAACUACUUGCAACCACCGCCGAAUUUUCAGACCGGUCAGAAGAAACCCGACGGGCAAGUUGGGGUGAAAGGUAAAAGCUUCCUCGCUUCUUCUCACAUUGUUUUGGGUAGAUCCAGUUUUAUUACUUCAAACAAAUACGUUCUUGCGAUUUAUUUAUCGAAAUUCGAGACAACUCGAGAAUUUAAAGGCUUUAUUUUUCCGAGCUUGAACAACAUCCUAAGAGCUCUUUGAACGGGCACAUUUGCAUUAAAACAGCCGCGCAUACAAUCGAGGCAUUCAAAAAGCCGCGUGAUCUUUGCCCCGCGCUCUGA